GAGAAAGACAGGGAAGAGGAGACAUCGACUCCGCGCCAGAGCUUCUGAGGAAUAUAUUUAAAUUAAAAACAAAUAAAGAAGACAAAAGAUACAGCCCUAUGUAGCAGUGGCAGCACAGAGAGGGAGACAGGGAGUCCCAGGAGAGGUUAUGAGUCCCCAGAGCCGAAUGAUGGAGCCAUCCCUGUUACAUAGCCUUGGUGUUGGGCUAUGGUCAUCAGGAGCCAAUGCUCAUGUGAUGGUGACAUGCAAGAUGUAAAACAUGUGUUCAUCACAAAGAGGCCUGUCAAAUCAGAAGACCCUUUAAAGGAAUGAAGGCACAACUCAUGUAAUUGUAUCUGUACUUUGAAAAACAUCAAAUCAGCUUACCAACCAAGGAGACUGAAUAUUUCCACUGAAAAAUGCAGCCAUGAACUGAAGCCUUGAGAACGCUACAAAAGUGAACAGACAAAUUUCAAAAGACAUUUGAACCUUUAAAAUCAGCCUAUCAACCUCUUUGGAACACAGGAAGGGUCAUGACCCAGUUGCCAUGCGCAUCACCACGGUGACCAGCCUUCCUAGUCCCUCCCCCCUCCUCCUCUUAUUUGCCCAGCUGCUGUUGUGGCUCAUCCUCCCAGGCCAAGAGACAGUGGGAGCGGUCUCUACCUGUCCCACCCCUUGCAGUUGUUCUAAUCAAGCUAGUCGAGUAAUCUGUACAAGACGAAACUUGGACGAGGUGCCCGAGAGUAUAUCAAACAACACACGAUACCUCAACCUACAGGAGAACUCGAUACAGGUGAUAAAGUCAGACACAUUCAAACACUUACGGCACCUGGAGAUCCUCCAGCUCUCCAAGAACCAGAUUCGUCAGAUAGAGGUCGGUGCUUUCAAUGGCCUCCCAAACCUCAACACAUUGGAACUGUUUGACAACCGCCUCACGCUGGUGCCAUCACAGGCUUUCGAGUACCUCAGCAAGCUGCGGGAGCUGUGGUUACGAAACAAUCCCAUUGAGACCUUACCAGGCUACGCCUUUCACCGUGUUCCCUCCCUGCGGCGUCUUGACUUAGGCGAACUCAAGAAGCUGGAUUAUAUAUCUGAUGCAGCCUUUGUUGGACUCAUCAACCUGCGCUACCUAAACUUGGGUAUGUGUGGUCUGAAGGACAUCCCUAACUUGACCCCCCUGGUGCGAUUAGAGGAGCUGGAGUUGUCUGGAAACCGUCUGGAAAUCAUCAGACCUGGAUCCUUUCAGGGCUUAGAAUCUUUGCGCAAACUGUGGCUCAUGCAUUCUCAAAUGUCUGUCAUUGAGCGCAAUGCCUUUGAUGAUCUCAAGAACCUAGAGGAGCUCAACCUAUCUCAUAAUUCCCUGCACUCAUUGCCCCAUGAUCUUUUCACACCUCUGCAGAAGUUGGAGAGGGUGCACCUCAAUCAUAACCCAUGGGUGUGCAACUGCGACGUGCUGUGGCUAAGCUGGUGGCUCAAAGAAACUGUACCGAGCAACACAACCUGCUGUGCACGGUGCCAUGCACCACCCUACCUUAAGGGAAAAUACAUUGGAGAGCUCGACCAGAGCCAUUUCACCUGCUAUGCCCCUGUCAUUGUGGAGCCACCCACUGACCUUAAUGUAACUGAGGGCAUGGCUGCUGAGCUCAAGUGUCGCACUGGUACCUCCAUGACCUCUGUCAACUGGAUAACCCCAAACGGAACCUUAAUGACCCAUGGCUCCUAUCGUGUCAGGAUUUCCGUGCUGCAUGAUGGCACACUGAAUUUCACCAACGUAACUCUGCGUGACACGGGCCAGUACACCUGCAUGGUGACCAACUCAGCAGGAAACACCACGGCAACUGCUGUCCUGAAUGUGACUGCAGCAGAUGUCAAUGUCAACUACACCUACUUCACCACGGUCACUGUGGAAACAGUCGAGACCACAGGAGAAGAAGAUUCUGCCUUGCGUGCCAUCAAUGAGACCUUCAUCCAUAUUCCUGGCCCUACACCUUCUGGGCACCUCUGGCAUGAGGUUGUCCCCACUACCGCCUCUUCUCUCUCAAUCCUUGGCUCAUCGUCCUCUCCCCGUGCAACCAAACCCACUUUAACCCUUCCCAUAUCUGAACCCAACUACCCUUCUGGUCUUGAUGAUGUGAUGAAGACCACUAAGAUCAUCAUUGGUUGCUUUGUGGCCAUCACCUUCAUGGCUGCAGUCAUGCUGGUGGUGUUCUACAAGCUGAGGAAGCAGCACCAGUUGCACAAACACCAUGGGCCGGCACGAGCCAUAGAGAUCAUUAAUGUCGAAGAUGAGAUUGGAGCAGGAACAGGCCUUCGUGGUAGCGGCAUCUCAGGAGGUUCCACAGUACCACAAGGAGGAUCCUGUGGAGGCAGUCAGAGUUUCCGGCUUCACCACCCUGAAAUUGUCAACCUCCCAAACCUUGCACGAGCAGAGCAUCUCAACCAUUACUACAAGGCCCAUCACUUCAACAAUAACAUGAUGGGUCUGGGCCUUGGUGGAGGUUCUGUUGGAGGCCUAAACAAUAACAACAACCCCUCUCCUUGCUCCCAGGCCCAGACUACCCCCAUCUCUUGCACACAGGUGCCAGUUUCUGCAGGUAGCACACCAUGCCCCAUGCCUUCUUCAAUGCCCCUGCCGACCCUUGGCUUCCAUGGGUCACUGAAAGGCCUGAUAGGCAAAGGGCAGAACCCACAGAUUGAGCCAUUGCUCUUCAAGAGUGGCUCCAAGGAGAAUGUCCAAGAAACCCAGAUCUGAAGUCAAGGAAGAGAGAGAGAGAGAGAAAGAGGGAGAGAGAGAAUGGUAAAUGUACAAAUAAAGGAUUGAGAAGUAGUAUCAGGGAGACCGAAACAGAUGAAGGGUAUUGGCUGUUCAACCCCUAUGGGUAUGUUCUCAGGAGUAAUGAGAAAGUUAAGCCCAGCAUUGUAUGAAAUAUUAUCUUCAGAAGAAUAAGGCACAGCUAUGAAACCACUACAAAGUAAAUGCGCUGGUAGAGAGUGUGGGAGUCUCUAGAAGGCAACCACACUGCAGUAAAAAUCACAGUCUUUGUCACACUCUGAUCCACACAUAUUAAGGGGAUCAUCGAACAUCAGCAAACAAUAACACACUUGCCAAAACAAUAUGAAUCAAUACAUUACUUUUUAAUGCAAGAUUGAUAAUUAUGUGCCAGACUUGCACCAAUCUGUGCCAAGGCAAAAUCUUUGCACAUCAGCAUAAAUACGCAUAUGUACAGACACAAUCUCAGAAGAUAAAAAGAUCAAUACAUAUGUGCAUAUACAACCUCAUACACAGAACUCCAUAAAUAAAGCAGAGAUACUACAAAAUGAAAAACACAUCAUAGGCACCAUCAGGUAGGAAGUGUAUAUAGGAAUACAUGAACCUUUAAGUAUUUCCAAUACAGACACAAAUGGCUGAGAACGAAAGGUAACCCAUGCUAACGGUUUAGAGUGCAAAAGAUAACAAAAUGGAUCAUUCAAAUUUUGUAGAGGUUCGCAGUCCUGCUGAAGGAAAGUGGAUUAAUAGACCAGCACUGUGUAUAGGGCUUGUGUUUUGUGAUGAUGGACUCUCUCCCCAAUGGCUCUCACAGAAAAUGUGCCGAAAGUGCAAAAAGACAAUGAAAGAUAUACAAAUUUUAAGAGAAUAUGUCAACUAUGAAAGUAUACAUGAUAUAUAAAUCAGAGUGUCUAUUUACACUAAGUGCAAAUAGCCUAUCUUGUUAGCAGAGGCUAUUUACACCAACUCCCACCACCGCUCAGACCAAACUCAAGACAGUCACGACAGAUUUAUUUGUGGUCAACUGCUAAUCAAUGAAUGUAGGCACAUUUGUAUUUUUCAUGAUGGGGCAGAGACAUUACACUGGUUAACAGGUUAGACAUUUAGUGGAUUAAGAUAUUGGAUAACUAAGUGACUAUUUGCACUCCAAAAGUUCAAAGUGCCCCCCAUGUGCAGCUGUAGUAGCUCUGGGUGUAAUGACAGUAUGUGUAUGUGUUGUCACGCUGGAGAACUGGGUUUGAAACCCACCCUUUGACACUUGUUCGCUAUUUCUGUACUCUUAAUAUUUCCUAUAACACUACUUAUAGUAAUAAAUUAAAGAGAUGAAUUGCAUUGAUUUGGUCACAGUAAUAGUCGGGGAGUUGAGAGAAGGAUUUGAUCUGGUUAAAAUUAACCAUGGUUUUACUGUAGUAAUAUUGCAGUAACCAAUAUAGUUCUGAUGUACUAACCAUGUUGUUACUACAGUAACAUGUUGUUAAUAGUAGUUAAUAGUAACCAUGUUUAAUUUUGUGGUUACUAUGAUUUUACUAGAAAAAUAUCGUGGUGAUACUAUGGUUACUUGUGAGUGGUGGUGGUGUAGUGGCUAAAGCACAGGGCUGUUAAUCAGAAGGUCGUUGGUUUGAACCCCACGGCCACCACCAUUGUGCCCUUGAGCAAGGCACUUAACUCCAGGUUGUUCCGGGGGGGAUUGUCCCUGUAAUAAUUGCACUGUAAGUCGCUUUGGAUAAAAGCGUCUGCCAAAUGCAUAAAUGUAAAUGUAAAUGUAAAACCAUGGUUAAUUUUUGUAAGUUAGGGGUAGAGGUUGGUGUAGUGGUUGGUGUAACGCUAUUUGCACUUAGUGCAAAGAACAUGCUUUUUUUGCUUUUUACAGUUAGUGAAAAUAGCAUCUGUCGCUAUUUGCACAUAGUGUAAAUAGCAUCUAUGGCUAUUUACACUUAUUGCAAAUAGCCUCUGCCUAUAUAAAUAUAUUUUAAUUCAGAGAAAUAAAUUAAGAAGAAUCUUUAAAUUUUUCUGAAUGAAAGCCAUGGCUUUUGAAGAAUUUACCAACUGCUGUUGUAGUGCUUUGUCACUGAUAAAUCCUUUUUCUGCUUAAAAACACAUCUGAAACUGUUACACCCUUGUGGGACUUAAGGGAUAUGCUGAGGAGACAAAGGUACAGGGAUGCAUUUAAGAAUUCUGGAAAAUUUAUUUGACUUCAGAUACUUUGGCUUUGUUUUCCUUAAAAGGGACCUUCUUGUUCUAUAACUAACAGGGUUAUUGAGGAGAGGUGAUUUUAAUUCACAUUAUAAAUACACUACUGUAUGAAUCUACAGGUCUUUGUUCAAAUUGAUCCAAAUUGUGUCAAUAUCAGAUACAGACAAUAAUGAUGACACUAUGUAAUGCAAUGAAAAUAAACUGUAACGGUUGAUCUACAUGCUGCUAUACAGGGAAAAUGGGAAGUUGUGAAAUCUGAUUUCAAAAACAGGUUAAUGUUGACAUUACAUUACACGUACUAUCAUCAUUAUUGAAAAGUAUCAAAAGCAUAGAAAUUGUUUUAGUCAGUUUCUUUGUUUUUACCUAGAGGUGAUGCUUGUAUUUCAUUGUGUAAAAAGUGUUGCUACAGCUGAUAAUCCCCUCGUUGGAAUAGCAGUGGAAGGACUGACAAUGACAACAUUUAGCUUGAAGCACCAUGAAUAACUACAGUGACAAAAAAAAAAUGGAUGGGCCUUAAAAUGGCUCCCUCAAUGGCCUGUACCCUCUGUUUUUUGUACAAGACAAAACUUUAUCAGGACCCUACCUUUUUGCCCAUGAUUCAGAACAGUACACAAACUCUGGUGAUUCCUGCAGGGGUAAUAUGGAUUAUAGUGAACACUGUGUCCGGACAUGUGGACGGAACUACUGUAUGAGCAGAGAUUCUGAAAGCAAAUGGAGGACAGCAUUUGAAAGGUAAGAGCAACCCACUCAGUGAGCGAGAUUUGGAGUUUGGAAAACUUUUUUAAAAAUUUAAAUGGACAAAUAAAUGAAAACUAUAGAAACUUAUAGAGCUCUUUUAAAAACAAAACUAUUAUGAUAAUAAGUGUCUUUCAUUACUUGUUUUUAUCUAGUUUCAUUUUGUUUUUUGUUUUUCAAAAUCAAGAGUUAUCUUAAUUGUAAUAUUGUUCUUGUUAUUAUAAUUAGCUAAUAUUACACUCGUUAUAAUUAUGAAAAAUGUUCUGUUAGCAGAAGUC